AAGUAUCCAUCCAUAUACCUACUUCCACCCUCCAAUGGAUCCUGCCCUCCAGCCCCUCAUACACUGUCUGGAGGGUUCUCUCUCGCCCGACCAGAACAUCAGGAAACGCGCAGAACUUGAUCUCAAAAGUGCAGACCAGUCAGCAGGGUUCGUCGGCGCGCUCUUGACAGUCGUGACGGAGACGGAUGCACCAAGUGUACAGCAAGCAGGUGCUGUCUUUCUCAAAAAUCUAAUCAGUCGACGCUGGGCGCUCGAAGACCUCAGUGCAUGUUUGCCAGAAGUUGAAAAGGCAAGCUUCCGAGAUCGCAUUGUGCCUGCUCUCGUCUCUGCACCAGUCAGUAUUCGGCCUCAGCUCGCUUCUGUCUUGAGUCAGAUUCUGAGUGCAGAUUUCCCUGAACAGUGGCCAGACUUUCUUGGAAAGUGCUGCAGCUUGUUGCAAGAUGGUGAUGUACAGCGCGUCUAUACGGGAUUGCUGUGUCUGCUUGAACUCACGAAAGUCUAUCGAUGGCGCUCACUUGGACGACGAGCGAGUCUGGACACUAUCAUACAAGCAACCUUCCCUAUUUUGUUGCAAAUCAGCAAUGGCUUGAUUGAUGAGGAGUCUAUGCUCGCUGGCGACAUGAUGCGACUCAUUCUCAAGACGUACAAAAGCGUCGUCUGGCUGGAACUAUCGCAAGAUCUACAGGACAUGUCUUCAUUAGUACCCUGGGGACAGCUCUUGCUCAAAGUGGUCACGAAGCAACCGCCUGCAGAUGCCAUGAGCACAGACCUGGAUGAGCGGGAAUCACAUCCUUGGUGGAAAGCCAAGAAAUGGGCCUACUUCUCACUAGACCGCUUAUUCUCGCGUUAUGGAGACAUUAAUCAACUCUCGGGCGAUGCACACAAGCAAUACAAUGGUUUUGCAAAAGUCUUUACCCAGCAAUUUGCGCCCGAAAUUCUAAAGUGUUACCUCACGCAAAUUCAAAAUUGGGCUGCUGAUCGCAAUCUUCACUGGCUCAGUCCGCGUGCAUUGUACUACAUCGGUGACUUUUUCACACAUUGCGUCAAGCCUAAGGGAACGUGGCAACUGCUCAAGGACAAUGUCGAUUCAUUGGUAGAACAUUUCGUGUUUCCACAAAUUUGCCAAACAGAGGAUGAUCUCGAGCUAUGGGAAUCGGAUCCGCAAGAAUACAUCAAUAAGCGCAUUGACAUCUACGAGGAUUAUACAUCACCUGACACGGCAGCGAUUCAUUUCCUUAUGGCGGUAGCAAAGCGGAAAAAUUCGAAUGCCUUCAUGUCCACGCUCGCGUUCAUCAAUAAGGAACUUGCCACGUACGAGAGUGCCGAACCUUCCCAGCGUAAUCCAAUCAGAAAGGAAGGUAUUUUGCGUUUGACGGGUUGCCUAUCACCUAUGAUUCUCAAGGACAACUCACCCGUCAAGAACAUGAUGGAGCAGUUCUUUAGCCAACACAUUUUUCCCGAGUUUCACUCACCACAUGGCUACAUGCGUGCCAGAGCAUGCGAGAUGAUGAACAGAUUCGCAGAGAUUGACUUUGCUAAUGAGCAAAAUGUGGCGACUGCGUAUGAGGGAGUUCUCAAAUGCUUGACAGAAAAAGAACUGCCUGUUCGUGUUGAGGCCGCGUUGGCCUUGCAGCCGCUUAUUCGUCAAGAGUACGUGCGACUCGCCAUGGUGCAGAGUAUCCCGCAAAUCAUGAAGGUCUUGCUGCAGCUCGCCAACGAGGUGGAUGUCGACUCGCUUUCUAAUGUCAUGGAAGAAUUUGUUGAGGUAUUUGCAAACGAAUUGACACCGUAUGCCGUCGAGCUGGCUGAGCAGUUGCGUGAUACAUUUUUGCGCAUCAUGCAAGAUACUGCAGAUGCGAAUGGACCCAUGCCGCCUGGUGAGUUUGAAUGGGAAACGUUGGACGACAAAUCGCUUGCUGCGCUCGGUAUUCUCAAUACCAUCGGCACCUUGAUUCUCAGUCUUGAAAACACAUCCGAGGCGCUCUUCAAGCUGGAAGAGACAGUCUUGCCGGUCAUUCUCUUCACACUCGACAAUGGCGUUAUUGAUUUGUACGCGGAAGUCUUUGAAAUCAUCGACUCUUGUACCUACUCAGCAAAGGCCAUCUCACCGACCAUGUGGGGUGUCUUUGAGCGUGUCCACCAGACAUUCAAGACAACAGGUAUGGACUAUAUGGACGAGCUAUUGCCGUCCCUCGAUAAUUACAUUUGCUACGGCGCACAAGCCAUAGCAGAGACGCCACAUUACCAGGAUAUCGUGUUUGACAUCAUCCAGACCCUUUUCACAAACGACAGACUCGGCGUGCAAGACCGACAGUCAGCAGCCAAGCUUGCGCAAAUGUUUUUGCUCAACCUGCGCGGUCACAUUGACAAGUUCUUGCAUCCGCUCAUGGGCUUGUUGCUUGGCAGACUUGCGCAUCCAACAGAGCCCAAGCGUGGCAUCUACCACACUUUGCUCGUUGAAACGAUUGUUGCUUGUCUCUACUACAACCCUGAAGCGGCUCUUGCCUUCCUCGAACAGCACGGUGGAACCAUGGAUUUCUUUACUAUUUGGGUUGCAACCAUUGGCGACUUUCUGCGUGUCUACGACAAGCGCCUUUCGAUCCUUACAUUCUUGUCGCUGCUUCGACUACCGCGCGAGUCUAUCCCAGCAUCGCUACGUAAUGGCUGGGCGCAGCUUCCCAAAGCAAUGCUUCAGCUCUUUGCGUCGUAUCCGGAAGCCAUCAAGCGUCGGCAGGAAGCACAAGCGCUGAUGCACGCAGAUGACGACGAAGAUGCGUUUUGGGAUCGUGAUGACUAUGAUAGUGACGAAGACGAUUUUGAUGAUGAAGAACUUGAGGCUGUUUUGGCGGAAGAGGCAGAGUUUUCUGCAAACGACAAGUCUCAGGAUUAUCUCAAGUUCCUCGGUGACGAAGCAAAACGGCUUGCAUCGGAUGCUGACGCCGUCAAUCCACAUGGUAGCGCGGGACAAGAUGAGGAGGAGAUGAUGGAAGAUGUACUCUUCAACACGCCCAUUGACAAUGUGGACCCUUACCUGCAGGCAAAGCAAUUCUUUCAGCAGUUGCACGAACAGGACUUGCCCAUGUACGAGGAGUUCACAACCGCGUGGGGCCCUGAUGAGCGUGCCGUCUUUCAGAGUGUGCUUGCACUAGCAACUCAGCUUGAGGCGGCAAAUGCCAUUGUAGCCGCAGUAGAUGGGGAGGACUGAGUACUCACUACUGAAGUUCUUUAAUCAUGAUCAUAGUAUUCAAAUACAGGUCCUCCGUUUCGACUUAAAUCCUUGGGCAUCUCGCUGAACACCCGG